AUGUGUGACGAUCUACUUGAGAAUAUGGACAAUGGCAAAAUAAAUUGUGUCGUGUUCCUUGAUGUACGGAUGGCCUUUGAUUGUAUAAACCAUGAAAUACUAUUAAAAAAGAUGCUUAACUACUUUGGUAUAUCAGGAAUUCCACUAAAUUGGUUCAAGUCUUAUCUAUCUGAUAGAGAGCAGCAAUGUCUGGUAAACGGUUAUUUAUCGAGCCCGAGAAAGAUAAAAUGUGGUGUACCGCAGGGAUCUAUCUUGGGCCCUUUAUUAUUCCUAUUAUACAUAAACGAUAUGCCUGACUCCUUAAAAUAUUCAACUCCAUCCCUCUACGCAGAUGACACAGAAAUUUAUCUAUCCUCUAAAGAUUGUGAUGACACUGUUAUUAAAAUAAACCUUGAUCUUGAAAAUAUUCGAAAAUGGAUGCUACAAAAUAAGCUCCAAAUUCAUCCGACAAAAUCGAAAUAUAUGUUUAUUGGAUCAGCGUAUAAUAUUAAACAUAAGGUAUCUGGUAACCCAAUUCUUGUUAAUAACGUUCCAAUACCCAGGACUGAAAAUUACACUUGCCUUGGCGUCAACAUUGACGAAAAAUUGACCUGGGAAAAACAUAUUGAUAUGAUAUGUUCAAAAGUCAGUGCGGGAAUCGGUGCUAUAAGAAGUAUUAGGCCCUUCGUAUCGUCUGCGACACUAAAAUUGAUGUACAAUGCUAUUGUGCAGCCCUACUUUGAUUACUGCAGCCCUCUCUGGGACAACUGUGGAAUAGGCCUCAAGGACAGGUUGCAGAAAUUUCAAAAUCGGGCUGCAAGAGUAAUUUCUAGCGCGACUUACAAUGUUCGGUCGGUUGAUUUACUUGAAAGCCUGGGUUGGAAACACCUAGAACUAAGGCGAACUUAUCAAAAAUCUGUUUUUAUGUAUAAAAUUCUGAAUAACCACACGGCACCAAAUCUAAGAACAUCCUUUCGAUUGAAUAAUGAAUGUGAUAAUACCUAUGAUCUUAGAAAUAGAGAAACCGAUUUGUCUCUUCCUAAACCGAAUACCGAUUCCGGUAAAAGAUGCUUCAAAUAUAAUGGAGCGGUAGUAUGGAAUAAUUUACCGUAUGAGGUAAAAGUAGCGGAAUCUUUAAGUUCUUUUCAAAGAACUAUUAAUCAGGCAAACACUUAAAAUUGGCUCGUCUUGUUGCCUACUGUAUAUGUAAUUCUUCUUUCUUUGUUUUUGUAUUCUUAAUGUAUAUUUCUCCAAAUCACGCCCCUCAUGGAAAUCAGCUCCUAGUUGUUGAGGCCAGCGUGCCUAAAUAAAUUUUUGUAUGUAUGUAUGUAUGUAUGUAUGUAUGUAUGUAUGUAUGUAUGUAUGUAUGUAUGUAUGUAUGUAUGUAUGUAUGUAUGUAUGUAUGUAUGUAUGUAUGUAUGUAUUUUGCGAGAGAACUUAUGACUAUCAAUCGCCAAAAUGGUUGCUUCAUAAGCAAUUGAUAGUCAUAAGUUCUCUCGCAAAAUGAGGGAGUCAAUUGAAAUCGGGAAGCACAAUACUAUAGAUCAGGAGGGAAAGCCACUAGAUAGUACGUGGCGUGCUCUCUUUAAUGUGCAAAAUUAAUUUCUCUUGUCUUGGAUGCGCGCGCGUUAAUUGGAAUCACUUCACUACGUUUGAAAUGACGUGGUUGAUGUGCCGUUUAAUUAAAUUUCAAAUGACGCGAGCCAACAGAUCACGACACUCUUGUAUAUAAAAGAGCGUGUGAAUUAAACAAGUCACAUAUUAUUAGCACAGAAUAGAAAAUAGACCAGAAGCCUCACUCAGCCAAAAUUGUGUCCGAGAUUUUUUAUGCGCAAGCGCGAGCCAGCAAGUGUAAUCACGACGCCAUCAAACGCGAGCAACGCCAUCAAUUGCCAUCACUAGGUAAUAAAAAUUGCUGUUUUAACCGUUUUUAAAUGCCACAGGUCCAAAUAAUGGGUCAUCGCAACAGGAAGACACAACGUAAAAAACAAAAGCGUAAAAUAUUUGCACAAUAAUUGCAGAAUAUGCAGCGUACACUUUGAGCAUGUUUUUCGAAUUUCAAGAAAAACCGUUGAUUUGAGGAAUUGACGCUGACGAACGCUGACGUGAUGUUCGCAGCAAGUGUCACACACGUCAUUUAGCGUGCGCAAUUCGUGAUCCGCAAGGCGAAAAUCGCGGACACGAAAAUGUUAAGGAAAGGUGUACAGUGAGGCUUCUGGUCUAUUAUAUAUUCUAUGUUAUUAGCACUGAUGAAGAUCCGGGCUUACGGAUCGAAAGCUUUGCAGUAAUAAAAUUUACGUGGUGUUUCCACAAACAAAAACAAUUAUAUUCUAAUAUUAAUUCCACCAAGUGAAGUGCAAGAAACAAAUCAUUGAAGUCCACCUUAUCACAACCCGCACACCCGAUUACCUAUAUAUACAUGAACUUACAGUUACAGCUCAACAGCUGGCCUCUGUAGCUCAGUUGGUUAGAGCGCUGCAAAGGAAUCGCGGGGCCGUAGGUUCAAUUCCUACCAGAGGACCUUGUGCUGCAUUUUUCGCAGUCGUUCCUGGUCAGGUCUUAAAACGUAUAUAUACUCACUUGGAUUACAAACCCAAACAUUCUUUUCACAUAAGUCCGAAGCAUGAUCAGUUCGAUUUUUGCAUAUUUGGACAUUGAUUUAUUUAAUAGAAGUAUAGAUAUUACAUAUUACAUUACAUUGCAUUGCAUUACAUUACAUUGCAUUGCAUUGCAUUACAUAUAAAAUUUCAAUUAUUAGGUACGGUGGUGUCACAUUUGGUCACAAGAUAGAUGUUCCCAACGGAAUUCUUUACAAUAAAGAUAUACAAGUCCGAAGACUUGUUACGCCCGAAGGGAUUAAGGUUUGUAAUUAAUGCAUUUUGUAUUGGAUAUUUUGUAAACAGGUUUCCUCUAUCAUCAAGAGCACGGUUAGCGUCGUGUUAAACUGUGGCACUUAAAAUUAGAACAUCUGUCAUUGUGCCUUAUCCAAAUAUCUCGUUUUGUGGUAGCGUUCUGACCACGGCGGUCCUAUAGAUCCUUGGCAUAAAAGUCAUAAUGAUGCCUAAUAAAAAACUACUGUGGUUCUGGUUUCCCGCUCGAACUUUUUUCCUGCCUCCUAUAAUGUUUUUUUCGAGCUGGUUGCUGCUUAUGCCUACCGACCCUAAUUGUUUAUGUGUUGGUAGCAAGGGUGGGUUGUAGCGAAGUAGUUGUAGUUCGCUACUGUAGCGAACUAUAAUUUUCAAGUAGCCAGUAGUUUUUGACUACUUUUUUAAAACAGUAGUUGUAGCCAAGUAGUUGACUACUUUUCAAACAGCGAAUCGCUAUUCGCUACUUUUUAAAAUUGUUAGCAACUUGAUAGAAUAGCAUGAUAUUGAGACACGGUUUGCUUAAAAUCAAUACUCAAUAGUCAAUUUGCACUCCUGAACACUGUAGUCGGCUUACAAAAAUGUUGCUUUGUGUUUACUCGGCUUACAAAAAUGUUGCUACUCCUAAGUCGAUUUGUUAUAGAUUACAUUACAGCCCUGAGUUAGUACUUAGUAGAUGUUCCAAAUACAGUAAAACUAAAAAAUAUAGUGUAGCGAAAUAGCGAAAUAGUUCGCUACAUUUUUUAAGCAGUAGCUGUAGUCAGUAGCGAACUACCUUUCUUCAAAAGUAGCAGUAGUUGUAGCUGACUACAUAUUUUUGAAGUAGCUGUAGUUCUAGCGAACUACAAAAAUUUUGUAGUCAACCCACCCUUGGUUGGUAGUGCCAUCUGGUCACAGUCGUGGCCAUUGAUCAAUGACAUGAUUCCGACCUACGUAUCCUAUAUAGUUUUAUCAGUAUAUGAAAACGGAUGCACAGGGGAUCAAUGAGCGACUGAUGAUUACUUGUGGCACUAAAAAACUGGUCCAUGUACUGUAUAUCAAUGUUGUUUCUGACUGUCUCAAUUAGGCAUUGGUAUAACAAACCAUCCUUGGCUUCCAUUGCAUGUUGGGCCAAAUACGGACGCCCACAGUUAUUUUUCAUUACAUUUGUAUUAAUAAAUGUUAUAAUUAUAGGCUUGGUACACGAACAAAGGCUAUCAUGCGAUGCCAACUUUUCUUAGUGUUGCAACAAAUACGUUCUUACGUGAGCGAGUUGCCUCAAAAGGCAAAAACCCAAGACAGUAUGGUAUGUUCUCUGAAUGCAUGUAGAAAUCAUUGUCCUUUUUUUAAUAUUUAACAAUUAUUCACGGAAGUGGAGGUGAACAUUGCAAGGAUUUUAUUUCACUUUUUACCGACACUGGGGUGAAUAAUUGUUUCACCAUAACAAAACAAGAAUGCAAAAAAAAACACGAAAAUAUUUGUAAAAGAUUUUGUAUUACAAUUAAUACCUGUAGUAACUCCUGUAUUAAUACCUGUAGUAACUCCUCUAUGUAAACAACAGUAUUCGCAAGCUUUUAGUAAUUUUGUCGUUAGAAAUAGUUUUAAAGAAUACCUCUACACACUGUUAAACAAAACUUUGUGCUUUUCUUUGUGUUUGAACCGCAGCUUCGUUUAGUAUAGAAAAAAUUGCUCGUCUGUAACCAGAACAAAACGGGAAGCCAUUUUGUUUUGUUCCGGAAGUGAAUAUGCCAAUAAUAUUUAAUCACUCACGUAUUAUAAACCAUUGGAAGACACACAUCUUUUUUUCUCGCUUUCAGGAAUAACCACGUAUAAUCAUCCCAUGAACCUUACGAAGGGCGAACUCUCUCAAUCAACAUUGUAAGUCUUUCCAAGUUUUACGACCACACAUCAAUAGGAACCACAGUUUAACUUUGGAAACUAUCUUGUUGGAUCUUAGUGGUUUUAUGUGUGACCCUCCAAUGCCAAACCAGAAAUACAGUAAACAAGCAAUGAUUCAACUCACCUACGUUGUCGUUGUGUGUUUGAUUAACACAGUGCAACUCACCUACGUUGUCGUUGUGUGCUUGAUUAACACAGUAUAACUCACCUACGUUGUCGUUGUGUGCUUGAUUAACACAGUGCAACUCACCUACGUUGUCGUUGUGUGCUUGAUUAACACAGUGCAACUCACCUACGUUGUCGUUGUGUGUUUGAUUAACACAGUGCAACUCACCUACGUUGUCGUUGUGUGUUUGAUUAACACAAUACAACUCACCUACGUUGUCGUUGUGUGUUUGAUUAACACAGUACAACUCAAGUUGUACGCAGCGACAGUUUUAGGCAAAAGUUGUGUAGUGUUAAUCGGCCUUUAGAGUGCUAUAUCAUUAUUGAUGUUUCUUCCUCUAAUCGUCUUUCUGUCUUAUUUUAGACAAAGUAUGGCAAGAACUGACUUAGUUAUGGCAAUUUUUGUGAUUUUCGCGCUUGCCUUUGUUCCUGCAAGUUUUGUUGUUUAUCUCAUCAAUGAACGCGUGUCGAAAUCCAAACAUUUACACAUGGUCUGUGGAGUCAAUCCUCUUAUCUACUGGGUAUCCAACUUCUUCUGGGAUAUGGUGAGUUCACCAGUUCCGUAUAUUUUUUAGGGCGGGGCAGGUGUUAAGGUGGCUCAAUGACAAAAUCGUGAUUUAGAUUUAAUUUUUUGAAGAGAGGUUUCUUGUUAGAAGACAAAAAUUGUACCACAUAUAUUGAGCAAUCUUCUAAGAGUUGAAAAUUGUUCACAAAAAUGACGUCAUUACCGUUGCUAUGGUAACAAUGACGUUUCAAUAUGGCCGACAUUUUACCUUUUAACACAUUUUAAUCGAAAAAAAGGCCGGUUACCCCCAUUUUUUAUUUCGUGAAACGUUUCAUUUAGAAAAAAUGAAUGAUAUGAACAAGUUUAAAAAAAUUCUGUAGAUUAGAAUUUUUAAAAAAUUAAGAAACGUGAUUUUUCGUGAUAAAUAUUUUUUGGAUCUACAGAAUUUUUUUAAAAUUGUUCACAUCAUUUAUUUUUCUGAAUGAAAACGUUUCACGAAAUAAAAAAUGGGGGUAACCGGCCUUUUUUUCGAGUAAGAUGUGUUAAAAGGUAAAAUGUCGGCCACAUGAGACGUCAUUGUUACCAUAGCAACGGUUAUGACGUCAUUUUUGUGAACAAUUUUCAACUCUUAGAAGAUUGCUCAAUAUAUGUGGUACAAUUUUUGUGUUCUAAGUAGAAACCUCUCUUCAAAAAAUAAAAUCUAAAUCACAAUUUUGUCAUAUUUCAAAAACUGUGAUCGUAUAAGGAUGAAAGUUUAAUAUAGCGAUUAAAAAGCAAACUUAUUGAAUUUUAUCGUGCCAAGUUGCUGAUUAUCAACUCAUCCUUAUUGCUUCAUUUAAAAAGUAUACUGUAUCUCUGUUGUUGGACAACCAAAAUUGAAUGUUGUAUACUGUUAUUUGUUUAGUGUAACUAUUGCAUCCCAGCAUUUUGUUGUAUCUGCAUUUUCCUCGCUUUCCAAGAGAAGGCGUACACAUCAGUGGAUAACUUUGGACCAACUCUCUUGUUAUUGCUGUUGUAUGGGUAAGUGCUAUCUAGUAGGUUUCACUAAGCAGUUUUGUGCAGUAGACAGUGAUAAACAGGCAGUCCAGUGAUAAACAGGCAGUCCAGUGAUAAACAGGCAGUCCAGUGAUAAACAGGCAGUCCAGUGAUAAACAGGCAGUCCAGUGAUAAACAGGCAGUCCAGUGAUAAACAGGCAGUCCAGUGAUAAACAGGCAGUCCUGCAGUGAUAAACAGGCAGUCCUGCAGUGAUAAACAGGCAGUCCAGUGAUAAACAGGCAGUCCAGUGAUAAACAGGCAGUCCAGUGAUAAACAGGCAGUCCAGUGAUAAACAGGCAGUCCAGUGAUAAACAGGCAGUCCAGUGAUAAACAGGCAGUCCUGCAGUGAUAAACAGGCAGUCCUGCAGUGAUAAACAGGCAGUCCAGUGAUAAACAGGCAGUCCAGUGAUAAACAGGCAGUCCAGUGAUAAACAGGCAGUCAGCUGCAGCUGAUGAACAUUGAGUCAGUUCUCUCAAACAUUUCUUACAAAUCCUUCAAAACUUAGAAUUUAUCUACGCAUUAAACCUGCGCUGUAAACCAGCCUUUUUAAAGGGAAAUGGCAAUAUAUUUUUUUAUUUUCUCAUUUGAAAGAACUUUUCAGUAAGACUAUAUAUAAUACUCUUUUACCGUUUUUUCAUAUCUUGCUUACUUCUACAAGUAUUUUGAUUGAAAGGAAUGAAAUGUUCGCCAUCUUCAAUUUUUGUAGAUAUGCAUGUCACGUCACAACAGGGGUCACGCAAUAUUUUUAUCUAGACAAACCAUAAUCAUUUUGCACUCAAAACUGUACUCUGUCUGCCCCUCGAAAUAUCAAGAUCUCUCAAAACCUUUAGAACAUCUACCAAUCUAUAUUUGGUCAGCAACGAAUACUUUAAUAUGGUUAAUCCCUCUUGUGACGUCACCAAAACUACCGUUAAUGAGAUCAAAAAUGUAUCCAAGAUGGCGGACAUCUCAUUACUUCAAGUGAAAAUAUUUCAAGAAUUAAGCAAGAUAUGAAAAAUCGGUAAAAGAAGUUUUUUCAAAUGAGAUAAUAAAAAUUUAUAUUGCUAUUCCCCUUUAAAUCUGUAUUUAUAAUAUAUUAAUCUCGUAAAUAUUUGUGUUAAAGUAUUGUAAAUAUGUUUUUUUGCAAGUUGUAAAUGAGCUCCCUAGAUGAGCCUUUUUACGCUCCUGAAGCAAGCUUUAUUUAUUUAUUCAAUUCAAAUUAUAUAGAGCGGUUCAGAUUUGACUUCCGCUACCUCUCUCUCUUAUGUUGAUAAUAGGGAAACAAAAUGGAAUUCCAAUUCUGGGUUACCAAACCGUAUCCUAACUGCAUCUUUUUUCUUUACAGAUGGUCGAUAACUCCUCUCAUGUAUCCAGCAUCUUUCGUCUUCCAAAUUUCAAGCACAGCUUACAUUGCUUUGAUUUGUAUCAAUCUCUUUGUGGGGGUGAACACAACUAUCGCCACCUUUGUUCUGGAGUUCUUUGACGAUGAUGCUGUAAGUACCACGUGUGACUGCACGUGUUCAGAAUUUCACUGGGAAUUUUGCUCCUUAGAAAUCUCCUGGCACAAGGCCGAGGUCCCUGCCUCCUCCACGGGCCCUGCUGCACCAUGGGAAGGUCGCACAGAAUUUCUGCAGGGCCAGCGUAAAAAAAUUAGUCAUUAUAUUUUCAAUUUAUUAUGCAGUAAUAAAAUUUAGUGAUUAAUUAGCGAUUGUUUCAUCCAAUCACAAUGCCGAUUGUUGAGGAGCCGAUACAUACCAACCAUCGGCCGAUGAUCGGCAAAACCGAUGAUCAUUUUAUCUGACGUUAAAGUUUUGUGAGUUCUCGUCUUUGUCUAAAUACUCGCUUGUUUCGCAACGAAAGAAUGACGAUUACCACAACAUUGACAACAAAACUGAAAAUUGACAUCCAGCGUUGACAUUGAAAAUUGCCAAGCAGCGUUUUCUGCGUUUGCUCUAUUUUUACGUAUGUCUGAAAAACUGAAAUUUUUAUUCUUUCUUGAAAAGAUAUGCAAUGAAGAAAACUUAACAUGCUUUUACUCUAACAUGACCAUGUGUAAUGAGAAGCCAUGAGACAUCUGACAUGACACAUGAGACACCGCUGACUAAUCCGAUAGGGAAAGACAAUCAGCCAAUAACCGAUUGUGGGAAAAAGAGGCUGUUAAUCGGCUCUGCCGAUGUUUUCCCGAAGAUCGGCUCAUCUCUAUAUAAUAUCUGAUUGCUAAGUUGAACUUUUCCGAAUUAACCCGUAGCAACCGUGAAACUUCGUGUUUUACAGACGUGUUUUACGAAGACGUGUUUUACGACCUUUUAUAAAUUAACUGUCUGCCUUCAGGGUAAACCAGUUUUUGUUCUCAAACUGAUAAAACCUUAGCGUUGCUUAAAAACGUUUUAUUCAUGCUGACAAAUUCCUAAUUUGUUUACAAGAUUCUGCAUGCCCUCUAGGAAUUGUGACCUUCACAUGAAGCAUGUAUAGGCCUGUGGAAGAGUCUGUCAUUUGGCCGCACUGAGGACUGUAAAGUGGAGCAAAAUGGGGGUAUUCCAUAAACUUUUAAAGAUGAUUUCCAUGUUCACACAGGCUUGUUCAAAUGAAUAAGAUAGGAGAACUUGUGAUUAGAUCAGUUUUUCACCUGCUCAGACGUUUUCCUCAACUACACUGUGCACAGCCGUACGUUCUGCCACAAUUUACCAUUUCAUAUAGCCGCCAUUAUUGUGGAGCCAUCAUCUUAAGUACCGCUUCCUUACUGCAAUCGAUUACUUCUUUACUGCGAUCGAUUUUUAUAAUGUACGUAUAUAGCAUAACAUGCAAUUUCUCCGUUACAGGAGCUCCAACUUAUCAAUUCUUACCUGAAGAAAAUCUUCUUAAUUUUCCCAAACUAUUGCCUGGGCCGAGGACUUAUUGAUCUAGCCAAAAACCAACUAUUUGCCGACGUGUACAAGAGAUUUGGUAAGACAUCUAUUUAAAUCAGAACAGCACAGGAGUAAAAAUCGCUGUAUUUUAAUUGAGGUUGUUAGUGUGGAAAUUGUGCCAGAAAGAAUUAGACUAAGGAUUGUAAGUUUUGUCAGGUGACGAAAGUCGAUAAUUUAAUAUGCAUAGUCCCGAGUUCAUGGAAUUAUUGACAACAUAACCGUACAAGGGGCGGUCGUAUGAAGGCAGGAUAGUGCCAUCCAACGGAUUGUGUGAUAAACUUUAGUAUUUAUAAAUUAUUGAUGUUUAUUUUUAUUUUUAUUACUUCUGUGGCCUAUGUCCGUAGUUUUAUAGCGUUUCGAUCAUUUUUAUAACAGUUGAAAAAACCACCAUUAAAAAAACGUUAUCCGCCCUACAUACACAACCGGCCUGAGCCCAUUAAACAGCUUAAACGUAUUUAAUGGUAUUUCAAGCUGUACAUUUAGGCACAAUAACAAACUGUAUAGACACUCUUGCUCCAAUGGCCUCGUUUCCAUGUGGUUAUUCCAUCAUGUUUCGUACGCAGUAGGUUUAAGAAUGGGCUCAAGACCAAAGAGCUUUGGGUCAGUGAUUGAAUUUACUUGAUAUUUUUGUUGACUUAUAGGCAGCGAUAUCUUUCAAGAUCCAUUGAGUUGGGAAAUCACAGGCAGAAAUAUCCUUUCCAUGUUUGUGAUGGGUUUUGUCUAUUUUGCUUUAACCUUGUUGAUUGAGUACAAGUUUUUCAUCAGAAGAAGGCAAGUUAUUUUAUCAUUUACGUUUUUAUUCACACAGCGCCAUGUUACCACAUGGAAUGUAUGUAGGCACUCGUGUCUGCAACCUAUAAAUGAUGACUUGUUGCAAGAGUUAGUUAUACAAUAAAGAAUCCACGAGUCCUAAACAGGUAGUUAAAAGUUCAGUGCCAUCCCUCAUUCACAACUUACAAUGUAUUUUGCUGCCAAAAAUUAGGGAAUUCUUGUAACAAAAAAAUAUCCAGGGAAAUCACACUGGUACACCAUGGGAAAAUCACCCAAAGGGAAAAUCACCCAAAAAUAGCCAAGUGUUUCUAAAGUUAGCAAUAUGUCUUUCACCUCUGCGAUGGGGAUCCUGAAAAAGCUAGUUUCGUCUGUGUUGAACUUAAGAUAAAAACGUUGGAUAUUUCGCCCCAGGUGUAUGAACACCGCGAUCAAUCGUCAGGGUAUCGACUGGUUGUAUUGUCUUCACAAAACUCCAGCAAAAAGUGUAAAGAAAAUUACGAGAGUGUAAACUCAGUAUAACUUUCCUGAGCUGAUACCUUCAGCCGUUUCCUUUAUAGCAAAUGCUUUUUUUCCUGUAUUUACUCUUAUUAUUUUGGCAGACAUUUCCCCGCCAUUUUCGCAGACUCGCGCAUUGACGUGACGUUUGACCGCGGUAUUACGCCCUAAAAAUACUGUACUCUGGUUUCCUGAUAAACCUAGAAAUAAUCCUAGAUGGGUUAACUUAAUACUCCAGGUUAAAUUUCGUGGUUAUUUUAACCUUGUUCCUGCUAUAGUCUGGUUAAUUUGACCAGGACGUCCUGGUUAAAUUAACCAGACUGUGCUUGUUAUUUAUCCACCUAACAUUGUCUGGUUAUAUUGAACCAGGACGUCCCGGUCAAAUACAACCAUAUUCCUGGUUAAAUUAACCAGACUAUGUUAUAGGAAGUGAGAUAACAUAACCAGGAAAUUUAACCGGAUAUAUUAGGUUAACCGAAGGGUUGUUUUCAGGUUAAUCAGGAACAUUUUAACCAGAAUGUUUUCAGAGUGUAUAGGUAUACUACUGGUUGUAUAAUUAAGCAUGUUGAUGUUUGUAGGAAAGUAAUUGGUGAGGUAACCACUACUGAAGGUGGUGAUGAAGAUGUUGAUAACGAAAGAAAGCGUGUCGUCAAUGGCGAUGCAGAUUCAGAAUGUCUUCGUCUUGUCAAUUUAACUAAGGUUAGAAAUAUCAAAUAUGGUAAAAUACUGUAAAUAAUCGAAAUGCCUAAUUGUACUCAAUCCAGUUUUAUUUCGAGAUCAGUGCGGUCCCAAUUAAACAUACAGAUUAUUCAUAGAUAUUUUACCAGCAAACAAUUUCGCGUAAUAUAAAGUCAAGUUAUUUAAACAAGACAGCAAAAUCCGAGAUGUACAGCAAACGCUCGUGCAAACGCUCUAUACAGAGAGAAUUCUUGCUAAAUAUAGUUUAUAUUAUAGUAGUUUUAAACUGAAUUUAUUGCAAUUUUUAAAAAAAUUUAAUAUUAUCUCUGUAAUAUCACGUUUUUUUAAUUUUUAUGAAUUUACAAUGUGGUAUUAUUAAUAUAAAAAUCAAUCAAGCAAUCAAUAAAUAAUUUUUAGUUUAAUGAGGAAUUUUUGUUAAUACGUUUUGCACUGUAGUUAGCUAUAUAUAGGACGACUCAUUUGAAAAUCAUUCAAAAAUUCAUUUUUUUCCUAGGUCUACCAAUCCAAAUUUAGUCGCACUAAAAAUUUGGCAGUGAAACAGCUUUGCCUUGGUGUUCCACGUGGACAGGUAGGAUAUUGUGAGAUCAUAUAUAUGAAAAAUGUUUUUCAAUUCCAAGUGUGAUUCAAAAAACGAGAGAGAAGCCUGGAAACUAGGAAAGACAAUGUGA